AGAUUAAUUAAGGGUCACAAAGGUGGUCAACAGCUAGAUCUAUUGACGUGACGUUGAUGAAAGAAUGGCUAACUUGCCAAAUGAUGAGCUGCCCUCGAAGUUUGAUGUUGUAGUAGAUGGAACAGGUUUGAUCCAGAGCAUACUUAGUGCUGCAAUUGUGCGUGCCGGUAAGAGUGUGUUACACCUGGAUCGUAAUGGUUACUACGGGGAGCACUGGGGCAGCUUCAUGCAUCGUGAGCUGAGAAACUGGAUGAAUGGUGACCAAGUGGAAUCACCUGAUACACCUCUCUCCUUUGACACAAACACAAUUGCCCUACCUUUAACUGCGGCUAAUCCGGUAUCAAACCUUGUUGAGGUAGUACCCGACCACACUGAGGCUCCUCCUGAGACUAACAAGCCUACAACUGAGGAGAACACUUGUCUAGAGUCGGUUUCUAGUCACCUACAGCCAGCUGCUGAAGACACCACUGAAGAAAGCUCUUCUGCUACUGCUAGUGAUGAGCAAGGUGUUUCUACAGAGGAAUCGAAAGAUCCAGUGUUACCUUCUGCUACUGAUGAUGAACAGGGAUCAUCUGCAACAGAGGAUAACACAACUUCGACUACUGAGCAGGGAUUAUCCUCUAAUGACCAGGCCACAUCUCCUGCAAAUGAGCAAGGACCAUCUAAUAACAAGCAGGGAUCACCCACUCAAUUGAGCUGGGAUUCAAUGCAGUCACAGUGGCGAACAUUCAGUUUUGACCUCAUUCCGAAGGUACUAUAUUGCCGUGGUGCUAUGGUGGAGCUGCUGACUCAAUCCAACUGCUCUCGCUACACAGAGUUCAAAGCAGUGGGCAAGGUCUACCGUUUAUUUGAGGGGAAUGUGGAGCAGGUGCCUUGUUCAAGAGCCGACCUGUUUAGCAGUCAAGCUGUGAGUAUGCUCGAGAAGAGAAGGAUGAUGAAGUUCCUUUCGUUCUGCUCAGACUACACGAGUCAGCCUGAUGCGUUUCAAGAGUUUUCUGAUGCCCCCUUCGAGCAGUUCCUGCAGUCGAGAGGCCUCCCUGACAAAGUCAUCAACUAUAUUGCCCACUCCAUAGCAAUGGUUGGACGAAAGGCCCCUACGUUACAAGCACUGGAGGCAACAAAGAUAUUCCUGACAUCUCUAGGGCGGUUUGGGAACGCUCCGUUUCUCUAUCCGGUGUUUGGCGUAGGAGAGCUUGGGCAAGCAUUCUGCAGACUGUGUGCUGUGUACGGUGGCGUGUACUGCCUGCGUCGUUGGGUAGCUGGUAUGGAGGUGACUGACGACCAUGUCAGUGCAGUAGUCUGCUCCACUGGACAGAGAAUAGAGACCUCAGCUGUGAUUUGCUCUGCCAGUAAUGUCAGGGAUACUCUGAACAUCUCUGAACACCUCAGGGAUGAGGUGGUAUCACGAGCUAUGGUAGUGACAGAUGGUCCCCUACCUGGAACAGAUGGGAAGGUUGCCUUGGUAACAGUCCCGCCGUUAUCCAUGGGGGCGUCACAAACCUACCCCAUAUCUGUGCUACAACUGGACCCUUCCUCCAACUGCUCUGCUCCAGGCACCUACUUGCUUCACUUUGUGUGCUCCAGCACUGUCUCCUCGACUGCUCAAAUUGACCUAGAGCCUGUCAUCAAAACUCUGAUUGAGAAAGAGGGCGGCCCUCGUGUACUCUGGUCGCUGUUUUUCAACCUCUCCCUAUGUCUAGUGACUGAUCCUGUCUCAGCAACACCUAGAGGUGUGUUUGUCACCUCUGACCCUGACACCAGCCUUAACUAUGAGGGAGCAGUCAAAGAGGCACGGCGUUUGUUUGAGGAAUUGUGUCCUGGGGAAGAGUUCUUGCCCACUCCCCCUGACCCCAAGGACAUAGUGUACGAGACGCCCACUGACAGCACUGACCCAAGUUCCACUGACAACACUGACCCAAGUCCUACUGACAGCACUGACGCAAGUCACACUGACAACACUGAUGACCCAAAUUCUGAUGACAACCCUAAUACUGACCCAGCUGCAGGUUCUGGUGAGGGUCGACACACUAAAAACACGGCUGAGCAGAGCAAUGCUUGUGAUGAUCGUCAUAACUCAUCUCUAAAUGAUAGAAAUGAGGACACUGUCACAACUGCUGAUUAGCUAGAAUAUUUAAUAGUAGAACCGUUGAUCAGUGUACGUGUUGUGUUGCCUGUAAAUUUUAAUCAAUGCAUUAAAAUUAUC